AUGGGAGAUAACGAGAAGGAAGCAGAGAAAUCGGCAUCUGCCAUUCAGCAGGGAGGAACACUAGCAACAGCCAAGGCCGCGGGGUCAUCCAAAAAUGAAACCGGCAUUCCAGGAAACCAAGGUGACAAAGCCUCAGAACAUAAUUUAUCUGAAUUUAUGGGAGGUGGAACGAAGGAAAAUGAGCAAAAAUUGACCGAGAAACCAGCUGAGGAGGGAGCCAAGAAGCCAGCAGCAGUGAAAGCAGCAGCAGCAUUUGUGCCUGGUAUGAUGAUGCCUACCGAAGAAGAAAUGAAACGCUGGGCAGAAGCAAAAGCAAGAAAAGAAUUUGCCAUGGGAACCAAAGGCCCCGAUGAAGGUUUCACUGAAGUCCGGGUCGCAAAAGCAAAGAAGAAAAUCGAGUGGAGUCUCAUUCCUGAAGAAGACAGACAGUACCGAACUGGAGUCAUCUGCUCAGAUUUGGCAAGAAAGACGAAUGUGCUUGAGUCCACAGACCUUCCAAGCAUGUUCAAAAUCAUAGCCUCCAUCGACCCAAAAGCAAUCAUCCUGCCACACAACAAUGACGAAAAGAAUGGAAUUGGAGUCUCAGCCCUUGCUAAUAAGAAAACAGACUUCCUCAAGAAACACCUGGACGUAAAAGCCACAGACUGGGAACGUCGGGAAAACAACAAACAAAAGUUAGCAUUCAGCUUCUACAUUGCAUCGGACAAGAUUACCCCAGACCUCAAAGCACUCAGAGAGCACAACCUGUUUUCGCAGUUCCUAAAGGAAGCAAAUUCAUCAUGGCCACACACCAGCUCAAUGAGUCCAACACAAAAGUUCUCGGAUGGUUUCAGGGCAAGUCGGCAAAACACACAUGGAGAAACGACUUAA